GCAGGUCAGAAAUAGAAAAGAGGGUCUCAUUUUUUCUUUAGGAUUGUAGAGACAGGUUAAAAUCCCGCCCCCCCCCCCUAAUACACAGACACUUUGGAUCUAACCAUAGUCCUCCUUUAAUGGCAGACAAUGACAAGAAGGACCCUCCUCCACCAUACUACACUGUGGCAGCAGAACCACAGACACCUCCUAUAACCUAUGAGGAGGUAAUUCUUCAGGACAAAUAUGGGUACACACAGAAACCUGUGCCAUGCUAUGUUCCAAAGGAUCCAGCACCAGUACAGGUAGACGCCGUCAUCAUCACCACACAGCAAGUUGUUGUUCCUACAAAAAGGCAGAAGUCUUGUGGACGGAGUGCCAAGUGUUUGGGUGGAUGGGUUGGUGUGCUGCUGGGAUUGGCUCUCAUUGCACUGGCCAUCUGGCUUGGAGUGCGUUAUAGAUCCAAUUCGGAUUCUGGAAAUUAUGAGAAUGGCUGCAGGGGAGAAGAUUGCAAAGAACAGGAAACUGACUGCAAAGGAAAAGACUGCGGGGGACAAGAUCACCACAAGAUACAAGAUGAAAUGAGUAUACCUGACACCUGCUCCAACUCCUCCAAGCAGUGUGAUGCCAUCCAAAACUGCCAACAGGGUACCGAUGAGACAAACUGUGUACGAUUUGGUGAAGGUGGAGUGUUGCAGGUGAGAACUGCUCAGGAUGGUCGAUUCCUUCCAGUGUGUUAUCAGGGAAUGGAUCAGAGUUAUGCUGACCAGAUCUGUGAACAGCUGGGCUUUAGAAGGUCUUAUGCAUCAAAUCCAGUGGAUAGCACGACGUCUGUAGCCCUUACUGUAGGACCGAGAUCAGCCAAACUAAUACAGGGUCUGGUCAAUGUAAGUUUGGGCUGCCAGGAUGAAAAAGCAGUCUCACUUAAAUGCACAGACUGUGGCAAGCAGCAAAGUGCCUCCAGGAUCAUAGGGGGCAGCACCUCUCAGAGUGGCCAGUGGCCUUGGCAGGUUAGCCUGCAUUACACUGGAAGCCAUGUUUGUGGUGGAUCACUGGUCUCUCCAGACUUUGUUGUGUCAGCUGCCCAUUGCUUCCAAGGCUCAAUGAGGAAUUCUGGAAAUUGGCGUGUCUAUGCUGGGUCUAUUUCCCAGAGUGCCCUUCAGACAUCCUACCUUGUGAAGAAGAUCAUAGUGAAUGAGAACUACAACAGUAACACCAAUGAUUAUGAUGUUGCCUUGUUGAAACUCAGUAGUCCUGUUACCUUCUCCAGCACUGUGCAGCCAGUUUGCUUUCCCACAUUUGACCAAACCUUUUCUGAUGGAUCAGAGUGCUGGACAUCUGGCUUUGGGACAACGCAAGAGGGAGCAGCCUCUGGCUCUACAAGCCUCAUGGGAGUGUCAGUGAAUAUCAUCAACACGCUUCUGUGUAACAGCAGUCAGGUGUACCGUGGGGCCAUCACCAAGAAUAUGAUAUGUGCUGGUGACAUGAACGGGGGCCGGGACUCCUGUCAGGGGGAUAGUGGAGGUCCGCUGGUGUGCAAGGGUGAUAAUACCCGCUGGUAUCUGGCUGGAAUUACGAGCUGGGGAGCUGGUUGUGGAGAAAGACAAAAACCAGGAGUAUAUAGCAGAGUGACAAGUCUUCUGCCCUGGAUCUACAGCGAGAUGCAGCAAGAGAAGCCCUGAUGUCUCUUUUCUAUAUGAUGUGUCCAUUCCUGAGGACAACAGUGGAUACAGCGAAAACGAUGAAGGAUUGAGCAAUGCACUUUGACAUGGGACAAUGUUGCAAUAUAUGUAGCCACAAUUGGACAAAACAGACUUUAUUAAUCACACAUUCUCAAGUAAGAAAACAAUAAAACAACUCAACUAUGGAAAGCAGAGCUGCAGGCAUCGAGGACCCUGUGAUCCCCUUCUGUUGCUUUGCUUUCCUCUUUCUUUUCUUUGCAUUUUUACUGGAAGUUCAGGGCACAGCUGCUGAAACGGAGUCUUUGUUGCCUCUUUGUAUCGUUAUCCUUGGUACUUGGUAUCCUUGCACUGAUUCUACAAAAUAAUAUAGGGAGUAUUCUGAAAAGAUGUAUUUAAUAACCAAAGGGAUGUUCAUUUUGUUUGAAAAUCAGCGUCUAUGAACUACGAUAAAAUGUGGUAGUAUUGUUUUAGCCUAUGUGAAGGGUCCGUCCUCUUCUAUUUAUGAUUCAUACUGUUUCUUUAUAAAUCAUGCCAAAAUGGA